GAAGUGUGUGAAGCAGAGACGGAAACUACGACCAGAGGAUCCAGUGAAAAGAGAGAGCGAGGGGGGCAUUGGGAAGAGGGAGGGCGAGAGAAAGAGAGGGCAAACCAGAGAGGAGCCAGCGGAACUCGGACUGCAAGAUGUGGAAAGCAGCUGCCGGUCGGACUAUUUCCGUCACAGCAUCGGAUGAUGGUGAUGAUUGGGACACUGACCCUGACUUCGUGAAUGACUUGACUGAGAAGGAGCAGCGAUGGGGAGCCAAGUCGGUCCAGGGAUCUGGACACCAGGCCCACAUUAACUUGCACGAACUGAGGGAAAAUGUCUCUCAAGAGCAUAAAUCGCUCAAACAGAAAGAGCUAGCGGAUGGGCCUAAUGCCUCACAUGGAUACGGAGGGAAAUUUGGGGUCCAAGACGAUCGUAUGGAUAAGUCAGCCGUUGGACAUGAGUACUUUGCGAAACUCUCCAAACACUGCUCUCAGACAGACUCUGUUAAAGGAUUCGGUGGGAAGUUCGGUGUACAGAAGGACAGGGUAGAUAAGUCUGCUGUGGGGUUUGAAUAUGAAGGCAAGACUGCCAAGCACGCAUCGCAGAAAGACUACAGUACUGGUUUUGGGGGGAAGUAUGGAGUGCAAGCUGAUCGAGUGGACAAGAGUGCCCUAGGCUUCGAUUACCAGAGCAAACCUGAGAUUCAUGAAUCACAGCGAGAUUAUUCCAAAGGAUUUGGUGGCAAGUAUGGAGUGGAAAGGGAUAAAGUGGACAAGAGUGCUGUUGGCUUUGAAUACCAAGGGAAGACUGAGAAGCAUGAAUCCCAAAAAGAUUAUGUCAAAGGCUUCGGAGGCAAGUUUGGUGUCCAGACGGAUCGGCAGGACAAGAAUGCCUUGGGUUGGGACCACCAGGAAACCACACAGUUGCAUGAAUCUCAGAAAGACUAUAAGAGAGGUUUCGGCGGGAAAUAUGGUGUUGAGACAGAGAAACAGGACAAAUCUGCGGUGGGGUUCGAUUACAAGGAAAAGCUGUCCAAGCACGAGUCUCAACAAGAUUACUCAAAGGGAUUUGGUGGCAAGUAUGGGGUGCAGAAGGACCGGAUGGACAAGAGUGCUGCUUCCUUUGAUGAUGUUGAACGGCUGUCACCAGCUUAUCAGAAAACUAAGCCAGUGGAAGCUGCCAGCGCCAGUGCAAGCAGCAUACGGUCCAAGUUUGAGAACCUCGCCAAAGUUAAGGAGGAGGAGGACAGAAAGAAGGCGGGAGAGGAGCGAGUUCGCCGCCUCGCCAGUGAGAAGAGGGAGCAGGAAGAAGCCAGGAGGAAACUGGAGGAGCAAGAAUCGGCAAGAAAGCAAUCUCCAGUGUCUACUCCGGCACCCGUUCCUGCAGCAACUCCGUCACCUGCUCCAGAACCCGUUGAGGAAGCAAGGGCGCCCAGUCCAGUUUUUCAGGAGUCAUUCAAACAGGAAGACAAGAAUGAUGAGGAGAGGCAGUAUUCUGGAAUCUACAAUGCAGAGCCCCAGGCUGGCCAGGAAGAUGCUCAGUACCAGGAAGCGGUGUACGAGCAGGAUGCAGUGUACCAGAUGCCUGAGGAAAGUCAGUUGGACCAACAAGAUGAGCCCACUUAUGCAGAGUAUGGAAAUGAGUAUGGUAUCACUGCUGUGGCUCUGUAUGACUACCAAGCUGCUGGGGACGAUGAAAUUUCCUUUGACCCGGAUGAUGUGAUCACCAACAUUGAAAUGAUUGAUGAAGGAUGGUGGAGAGGCGAAUGCAGAGGUCGAUAUGGUCUCUUCCCUGCAAACUACGUCGAACUGAAGCAGUGAAACCCUCGAUCCGCUGGUUUUCGUCGAAAGUGCAAUUCCAAUUCGAUGCAGCAUGAACUGUGUUCAGCAGUGGGAAUAAAGUAUUUUUCUUUUUUCUCUCUUGAGAGUUGCAAUUAUGCGUUGCAUUAUAACCAGUCUUUAAAAGCGCCGGGGAAGGAGAUUCGGGUUAAUGUGUGACAUGCCUUUGAAAAUGAGAUUGUUACUGAGCUAUUGCUUACAAAAAAGUUAAAUGCACUUUCUAAUCAAGGGCAGGACCUAUCAGCACCGUUGGUGUGGAAGAGCUGAUAAAUUCAGUAGGUGUUUACGACAGAUUAAGGCCAAAUGCUUCUUGUUGACCAAGUAAAAUUUUUAACUGAAAUGGAUAUGUCGUUUAUCAUUGCCCAGUUUCAUCCUAAAUUUUAGCUUGUUUAAUUUGAAAUACAGUUAUUUUUCACUUGCUAUUAGUGAAGGCAUUCAGUUCAUAUUAUCCUUCUAGUUUUUACGUCCUUGCCUCUGGAACCUUGUUUUCUGCUUUUUAAACCAUGUUCUAUGAAUUGGUAGUGGGUUUGGGUUUUAUAAUAAAAGUUGCCUUUUUUCAAUACUGUUCAUUAAGAAUUAAACUGGUUUUAUUGCACUA